AUGAGUAUCAUUAGUCUUAUAUUAUUAGUCACAUUAACCCGUGCUUUUACCACUGAAAUUGCUGGAGGAAAAAUGGAAUGUUUUAUGGAGAAAAUAGAAAAAGGAGCACAUAUUGCAAUUUAUUAUCAAGUUAUUGAAGGAGGAAAUAACGAUAUUAAUUUUGUUAUGUAUAAUCCAAAUGGACAAAUAUUUGUUGAAGAAAAAAGACAAUCAAGUGGAAUGGUUGAUAAAGAUGCGUUGUAUUCUGGUGAACAUAAAAUCUGUUUAGAUAAUAGUUAUGCAUCAUUUAGUACAACUAAAACAGUUGCUUUAUUUAUGGAUUUUUCUUCACAAGAUACUAUUGCAAAUCAAGAACAAGCUGAUAAAGUUGAAAAUUUAGCUAAUGAAUUAAAUCAUCUUCUUACACAUGCUAGAAUUGAAGUUGUUAUGUUACAAUUAAAGUCACAAAUUCAUCAAGAGAUGCUUCAACAAGCCUAUUCAUGGAGUUCAUAUCUUUUUGUUCUUCAAGCUAUUUUAAUUUUGGGAAUGUCUCUUGUUCAAACAUACUUCAUUAAGAAAUACUUUGAAGUAAAAAGAACCAUUUAA